CAGUAUAACCAAUUCUUGUUAUAAUUGUUAUAUAAGAUUAAACUAUUUGAUGCUGAUAGCUUGAUGAUAGCAUGAUGAAACUUACCGUACUUAUGUGCAUUUGUGCGGUAACUUUGUUCCACAAAGGAGAUGCCGCAUGCAAACAUUUCAUGGUCACACCAAAAGGGCUACGAAUAAAUUCUCCAGAAAAUUUUUUCAUCAGUUUCCACGGAUGCUCUGAAGUCGUAACCGUGUCAACAACAUUACUGAGUUAUCCUGGUCGAGCAGGCAGGCACGACCAAUCGACCAUUCGUGAUCAUGUACACGGGAAUAAACCAGUUCGACUUACAGUCCAGGCGAAGAGUGCUUCUCUGGAAAGAAGUAAUGAACGUUUGCAAUAUAAAGCCUUUCUCAUCGUCAAAUAUUGUUUCCCUCCAAACUGCAAUCUGAAUCAGAUGACAGACGUUGAGGAAAUGACAAUCAUGCUCAACAACACACAUGGCUAUGUCUUCAUGACCACAGACAGACCCGCGUACAGGCCGAAAGAUACCGUCCACUUGGCUCUUGCUAUAACAGACCAGCGUCUCAGAAAGACCGAUGAACGUAGAUCGGUUAAGCUUUUAAUCAAAACACCCGAAGAGCAUAAUAGGGUAACGGCGAUAGAGAUGAACAAUUUGAUUGCUGACCAGGAUGGUUUUAUAGAAAAAUCAUAUGCAAUUUCAUCAGAACCUAUUCUUGGUGUUUGGUGGGCAGAAGCACACAUAGACGGGGUGAAAAUGGCAGAAAAAUCAUACGUCAUUGACAGAUAUGAAACUCCAACAUUUGAUGUGAAGAUACACAUGAAGAACCAUUUCAUUCUACCGAGUCAACAACAUAUAGAAGGUUUCAUAACUGCGCAAUACAGUUAUGGCGAAAAUGUUGAUGGCCAGUAUUACAUGUCCUUCAGACUUGCCAGAGAUGGACAAGAAGAAGAAGAAUUUUACAAGAUUCCGCGAAGUUUCAGCAAACAGGCAGCCAUAGGUAACGGAGAAAAAUCUUUCAGAAUCCCAAUUGAUGAAUUGACGAAAAUAUUAAGAGAAGGAGAAACGUUACGACAAUUUGCAGAAAAUCCAGGCACGGCUAAAGUUAUCGUCAUGGCAUCAGUUACAGGUGACCAUGAGGCUGUAUUUGAAAGUGACGUAGUUGAUGACAUCAUAUUUACCAAUUCGCCAUUCGUUAUCGAUUACUCACAAUGUGCAAAGUACUAUCUACCACAUUCAGUUUACGAAGUCAAGGUUACAAUUCGAGACGUUGUAUCAAAUUCACCGCUACCGGAUAUUCCUGUAAUAGUUGAAUGGGGCAAGGGGCGAGAUAGAGAUUUCAGAAGUAACAAACAUGGCGAAAUAUACCACGAAAUGAAUCUUGAAGGAGACCCUGCAGUCAUUGAGAUAAAAACGGACAGUGAAGAUUUUCCUUUAGUAAACCAAGAACUGAGUCGAAUUGAAGUUUCUAGAAAUAUCGCUAAUCUUCAUUUGGCAAUGCGGAUUCAAAAAAGAAUUGUCGAAGUGGGAGAAUCCCAACACGUCACUUUUAUAUUAGGAAAUGUAUCACCACAGACUAUAAUAUAUUAUGUUAUAGCUCGAGGUCAAUUUGUGUAUUCGAAUUUUGUGGAACUCAAACCGGGUCAAAUAGGAGACGUUCCAGCAGACUUUGACGUCACUGAUGAAAUGGUUCCAAAUGCUCGCGUGGUUGCUUAUUACAUUCUGGGAGAAACAUUGGCUUCAAACUCCAUUUGGUUUGAUGUAAUCAAUGUUUGCAAAGAAGAAUUGAAAAUUUCAACUCCAAAAUCAACUGUAGCUCCAGGAGAAGGUGUUUCUAUGGUCGUAGAAGGGGAACCCAAUGUAGCAUUUUUCUUCUCCGCUAUUGAUAGAGCGUCCUAUUUUGUACAUAAUGGAACAAGAGUUACUCGAGAUCUUUUGUGGUCAAAGAUGGAAGAAUAUGACACGGCAUGUUCGCGAAAAGGCGGAAGAGACGCCCAUAAUGUUUUCGAGGAAGCUGGGUUGAUUAUUAAUACUCAAGUAGAAGCACUGAGACAGUACAGCAAUAUUCAUUGCGUGCACUCCAGGAAAAAACGAAAUGCUCAUCCGGCGCCGCUCGUACUUGACGAUUUGACCGCAGCAGAAAAGAUGUGUUCAAGUCAUGGUGCACGAGAGGCCGCAACGGGACGUUCGUGCUUACAAAGAACAUACAAGGUUGAAGAAAAUUUACGUUGGCAACAGAAAUCAGCAGAAUAUAUUGACGCAUGCAUGGACAGCUUUAUGACAGGUUGCGAAGAGUCUCCCCAACAUGGGAAAAAAAAACGCUCAGAGCUUGCCAGAAAGGCAGCAAGUGCAGCUAAUCGGGCAAAUGAAGUACGAACACGAGUAAGAAAACAAUUUAAUGAAAAUAUGUUUUUUGGAAAAGAAACUCUAAGUGGCAAUCGAUUAUAUGAAAUAAGAGCAAAAGCGCAAGACAGUAUCACUAUUUUUGAACUAGACGCAUUUGGAAUGAACGCUCAAACACCUAUGUGUGUUGCCCAUACAAAGUACCUGAAGGUGUUUCAGGAUUUCUUCAUCCAACUAUACUUGCCGUAUUCAGUACGACUGAGGGAACAAGCGGAAAUUCGAUUUUCCGUCUUUAACUACAGAGACCAGCCGGCACAGGUUCCAAUCUUCAUUCGUCACUCCAAGGAACUCUGCUCAAAAUUUGCUCAAGAUGACUUUCAAUUUUUAAAAAUGCUGGAAAUUGAGCCAAAUUCCGCACGUUCAUCCUCGUUCACUGUAAUGCCGCUAAGUAUUCCAGAUAACAAAAAAGCGACUAUUGAACUACAAGCCGGGGAUGAAGACGCAAUUCUUAAAAAACUUUUGAUUGAGGAACCGGGACAGCGUAACGAAAGUUCAAAAACAAUUGUACUUGAUCCAGAGGAGAAUGUAAAAGAACUUUUCUUUGACGUUUCUGAACAAGCUGUGAUGCCUGAUACGCUUAAGUGUACACUGUACGCACAUGCUCACCCCAUGGGACCAAGCAUCGAAAUUGAAGGGUUUGAGGAUUCUUUGGAUAAUCUUGACGGUUUUAUUCAGCCACCUGCAGGAUGUGGAGAGCAAAAUAUGAUUCGCAUAGGCCCAAUUGUUUUUAUUCAUAAAUAUAGAGUAGCCGUCAAUGGAGGUGAAAUUUCACAAAAACUAGAACAACAAACAAAGAACCAUAUAUCAUCAGCCUACAGAAUACAGUUGAAAUGGAGAUCUGAUAAGGCUAAGGUUGCCUUUGCCGUAUGGAACUACCGCCCACCAAGCACCUGGUUGAAUGCUUACGUCGACCGAGUAUUUGCUGCUGCAAAACAAUUCGACCAAGCAAUGGAAGUCAAACCAUUUUGCGAUUCGCUUGAUUGGCUUUUAACAAAGCAAAAUGAAGAUGGAACUUUCGUAGAAAACUACAAAGUUUAUCACCAAGAAAUGAUCGGACAGAUUAAAGCUGGUGAACAAGAUUAUGAAAUUGCGUUGACUGCAUAUGUCAAUAUCGCCAUUAGAGAAUCUAUGUAUAUGUGCCCAGAUCGACAAAUUGAUUACAAACGUGCAAUCGAUAAAUCGAAUGACUAUUUGAUAGAUAAGGAUUCUCCUACACCAUACACCCUAGCAAUGGGCGCGUACGCUCUUGCUCUGGCAGAUCCGCCAGAGCCCCGGGCAAGAGAUUGGAACCGACGAUUACGCGACGUCAGUGAAAAUGAUGGUGAAUAUAUAUUCUGGAGUGGUACAAGAGGUAGAGCUUCAACCAUUGAGACGACAGCGUACGCUUUGAUGGCGCUACUGGCUCUCGAUGGAAUCAAUGAAGAUAACGACCAAAUUACGAGGAAUGCAGCACAUUGGUUAAUUUCGCAACAAAAUAGUAAAGGUGGAUUUAAAUCUACUCAGGAUACCGUUUGUGGAUUACAAGCACUUUCGAUGUAUAUGGAAAUUUUGGAAACAUCGCAAGUUAAUCCACCCCCUCCAACCAACCUGCGUGCCACGAUAACUGGAAAAUCAGGAGAUAGUCCAUGGCAUCUUGAACCUGAAGUUGUGCAUCUGACUCCGGAAGAUUCAAUGAAGCGAAGAACAAUUGAGGUCGACCAAGGUUCUAUUGCUGGUGGAGUAACAGUUGCAGUGGCUGGUGUUGGUGUUGGGAGUCUCUCUUAUCGAUGUACUUGGCGCCAAUAUACCGACGAUGGAAAUUGCCAAUUUAAUAUUAACGUCAGUUUCGAAAAUGAUGACGACGGCCAACCGGACAUUAGUAUUUUGAAGGUUUCCGUCGCAAUGAACUCUAACCGUACUACGCAGAUGAGUGUAAUUGAUGUUGGCCUGCUAAGUGGGUUCGAGCCGAUUAUUGAAUCCAUCAAGAGACUUUGCAUCGAAGAGGCUGUCGAUGCUGAAGCUGACCGAUUCGAAAUUACUGAAAACACUGUAAAAUUUUACCUCACUAAAAUCGAUCAAAAAGGGGUCAAUCUUGCAUUUAAAAUCAAGCAAGUGACGCAAAUAAGUGAUCGUCAACCGGCGUCAGUUUCAGUUUACGACUACUACGAACCGGACAUCCGUUGCACAAAAUUUUAUGAAGAACGCGGAGAACACACUAUUCGCUCAAUUUGCAGAGAAGGAGAAGCCGACCAAGGAGAAGACGCACAAAUGUGUAGAUGUGCUGAAGGAGAUUGUCCGGUUUGUCGAACUCGGGAAGAUCAACUGACAAGAACAAUCUGCUCUGAUUUCGAGCAACUUGCUAUGCUGUGCUUAAUCAAGGAAAAGGAUCAACUGCGGCCGCAAUUGCUAUGUCAAGGAAAUAGGGACGAUUGCACCAACAUUCACGUUGAAAGCUGUAAAAGUGAGUAUGUAUAUGUCGUACAUGUGGUUGAAGUCGGAAACGAUCAAACUCCAGGUUUCAAAUACUUCAAGGCAAGAGUUGAUGAAGUCAUGAGAGCCACGGCUAACCACAAAAAUGCCCUCGGCGCUGUAGUCAAAUUUUUGAUGAGAGAAGACUGCUUCAAAAAAUGUCAUGACGAGCGUUAUGACGAAAUUGCCCAAGACAAGUCGAUAAAAACGGGCGAGCAUGUUGAGCCAAAAGAUUUCAUUAGCAUUGGUCGAGACCUGAUGAUUCGUGGAGGACAUCCAAGAAGGGUUAAAAGUGAAACUGGACCAGAGCCAUUGUACGUUUAUGAUCUCACCCAACAGGGUCAUGGUAUCGAAGCGGUUUUGCCAUCAUCUAAAUGCCAUUGUCCGAAGAACUCCAAAUGUCAGAAAAAAUUGGAUGCGGAUGCGAAGAAAAAGGCAAUUUGUCAGUUGAAGAGCACCCUUCGAGCAUCUAUCAAUCAAGGCUGCGAUGUUGCUCGUAACACUUAAACCUAAACCCACAGUUGGAUUUGAUCAAUCAAGACAGAAGAACUUUAUUCAGUUUAUUUUUUGCUUUGCGUGAAAAUAUUCAUUUGUAUAUACAUCACAUAACUUGAAAAUUGAUCACUAAUAGAAAUGCUUUGCUUCGCAUAAA